CUCAGACCCAGGGCCAGAGUCUGUGCAAGCUGUGCAGCCGCUUGAUCAGCCGCUUGGUUUCGCAGGAUCCCUUAGGCUUCUGCACCAUUUUGCGCUGCAUUAGCUGACCUUUGCAGAUUGUGGGAGGAGGAUAAGGGCAGGAUUUUAAGCUGCAAAGACAGCAGACUCGGGGUUUUUGUGCAUCAAGCAAGAUGACGAAGGAUCUGGAAGAGUCGUUCAAAAAGAUGCAGGUGGACGCUGCAACCAAGGACUAUAUAUGCGAACCCCAUUUGGAUUAUCGGACUAUCUCAGGAGUCGCAGGACCUCUAGUCAUUUUGGAGAAGGUCAAGGGUCCGAAAUUCGCUGAGAUUGUGAACGUGAGGCUCGGAGAUGGAACAAUGCGGCGAGGACAAAUCCUGGAAGUGGAUGGGGAGAAGGCUGUGGUCCAGAUCUUUGAGGGAACGGCGGGGAUUGACAACAAGAAGACGACAAUUGAAUUUACUGGCGAGGUUUUGAAGACCCCAGUCUCUCAGGACAUGCUUGGGCGUAUCUUUAAUGGCUCAGGGAAGCCUAUUGACAACGGGCCCCCAAUUCUGGCAGAAGCAUACCUAGAUAUUUCAGGUAUGGCCAUCAAUCCCAGUGAGCGCACGUACCCUGAGGAGAUGAUCCAGACCGGCAUCUCCACCAUUGAUGUCAUGAACUCCAUUGCGCGUGGCCAGAAGAUCCCCCUCUUCUCCGCUGCCGGUCUGCCCCACAACGAAAUUGCCGCACAAAUCUGUCGGCAGGCCGGCCUCGUGAAGAAGCUGGAGAAGAAGGAUGACCUGCUGCAGGACGACGUUUCGGACGAGUUUGCCAUUGUCUUUGCUGCCAUGGGUGUCAACAUGGAGACGGCCCAGUUCUUCAAGAGGGACUUUGAGGAGAAUGGGGCGAUGGAGAGGAUCACCAUGUUCCUGAACCUGGCUAACGAUCCGACUAUCGAGCGUAUCAUCACCCCGCGUAUCGCUCUGACAACUGCGGAGUAUCUGGCGUAUGAAUGCGGCAAGCACGUGUUGGUUAUCCUGACGGAUAUGAGCUCUUAUGCGGAUGCGCUGCGUGAGGUCUCUGCGGCCCGUGAGGAGGUCCCUGGGCGGCGUGGAUACCCUGGGUACAUGUACACGGAUCUCGCCACCAUCUACGAGAGGGCGGGCCGCAUCGAGGGCCGCAAGGGCUCCAUCACGCAGAUUCCCAUCCUGACCAUGCCCAACGACGACAUCACCCAUCCCAUCCCCGAUCUGACGGGCUACAUUACGGAGGGCCAGAUUUACGUCGACAGGCAGCUCCAGAACAGACAGAUCUAUCCUCCGAUCAACGUGCUCCCUUCUCUGUCCCGGCUCAUGAAGAGUGCCAUCGGCGAGGGCAUGACAAGGAAGGACCACUCUGACGUCUCCAAUCAGCUGUAUGCCAACUACGCCAUUGGGCGGGACGUCCAGGCCAUGAAGGCUGUGGUGGGAGAGGAGGCACUGUCCUCCGAGGAUCUGCUUUACCUGGAGUUCUUGGACAAGUUCGAGCACAAGUUCGUGGCUCAAGGCCCGUAUGACACGCGCGACAUCUACCAGUCGCUGGACCUUGCCUGGUCCCUGCUGCGCCUCUUCCCGCGGGAGCUCCUGCGCCGUAUUCCUGCCAAAACGCUGGACGCGUUCUACAGCCGCGAGCACACCGAGUAAUCGCCAACAUCCAGACGCGACCGUCCGGCUUCAAGGGAUUGCUUCCAUACCCAUGUACAGCUUCUGCUGGUAUUUGAUCUCACUUUAUUAUUCGUAGUGUUAAGCAUUCUUGUCUAGCAAAGACCUUUGUCUUACAACCGCAAAUCAACACUUCGGACUUGUUCCUACAAUGAUUCAGUGACUAUACGCCAAGUCUUACGUUUUAAUGAAAUAAGAUCGCCAAGCUUACUCCCGUUGGUCAGGUUGCAUCUUGCUCGAUGCACCAGGGCUUUGUAACAAGCUCAAUCCCCAGCUCUCUAUUCAAC